AUGAACUCUGCAAGGCCAGACAUCAUGAUCACGAGGACGGGCAGUCCAGUGUUUGCCUUGGCCUUCCCGUUUCUCUUCGCGGCUGCUCUCUCGUCGCCAUUUCAGCCUCACCUCCACCCACGUCUUGACCACACCCCUCUCGGCUUGCCCAACCUGCCUCCCGGGCUUUUCAUCACGUACACCGGUGUCCUGACGGGCUCCUUCCAACUGGACGCGUCCAAUUUCCCCUUCGAUGCGACACAAUGCGCAGGCGGCAGUGGUGCCUACUUCUUCAAUGACACGGGAAAUUCGACCCUGAGGAUCGGUGUCAAUCCGCCAUCUAUCGAUCCCAAUCCCAUAUUCUUCAUGAUCCAGCAAGGCGGGCCAGCACUCCCGCCGCCGGACUCUGGGCCAGAGACAGGCUCACCGACACCGACACCGGCUCCUGCCGGACCAACCAGCCCAAUACCGACGGACGCCACCGCCCUGACCUGGACCCCGUCAUUCGACUUAAGCAGGCCAACUGUGAUGUCUAUCCCGAUAUUCUCAGCGGCGCCGAGAGCCUUCCACGGAGCACCCGGAGGCCUGGACACGAGACAAGCGGCUGCGGAUCCGGUCCUCCCGCCCGGCGCCACCCGCUCCGGAGGCAUCAAGAACCUCCUCUUUGCCUCCCUGUACACCAUUUGCACACAAGACUCCCGGCCCUGCGGCACGAUCCCCAAAAUGGACCAGGACGCGCCGACGUACAACGCCCUGCACAUGCUGGAUCUCACCUCCCCGACUACAUCCGACGCUGACGAAGGCGCAUCGCACACCCUGCGCGGCGACCAGUCGACCUGGGCAGGCAACGACACGAUCGAGUGGUCCGGGCUGGAGUUCUCCCCGCCGGCCAACUACACCACCGCCACCACCGAUCCUCCGGAGCCGGAGGCGUGCACGGCAUACCGCUACCCGCCGUUCGUGUGGAACGCCACCACCCCUUUCACGUACGACCUCGUCUUCUCCAACGCGUCGGCCACGCUCUCGCUCGUCCUCACCGCGCCGCUGGGGACGGUGAGGCUGCGGCUCGCGGGUGCGCGCGCGGCGGACGGGCGGGAUGGCGGUGCAGAUGCUGCUGUCGAAGCGGUCCAGGUCGGCUCCGGGGCUGGGGGCGCGCCGAGGUGGUCGUUUGUUAACGGGACUGGGUUCCACUUUGACGGGGUGACGCCUGUUGCGAAUUCGUCUGUUGAGGAUGGCGGACUUUUUAAUGGGCAAAAUGGCCUGGGCAGCGGUGCUGCGGGUGCGUGGACUGGUUGGUCUGGUGGCGUCGUCGUUGCCGUUGCUGCUGGUUUCGCUGCCUUGUUGCUGUGA